AUGUCAAAGCUCUACGUGGGCAAUCUGCCGUCAGAUUGCAACGAGAGCGCUCUCAGGCAACUUUUCCAGGAGCACAGCUUGGCAUGCACCACGAUCCUGGUAAAACGUGGCGGCUACGCCUUCGUCGACUGUGCCGAUCAGUCCACAGCCGAUCGGGCAAUCGACAAGCUGAACGGAUAUACCUAUCUCGGAUCCUCGCUCGUUGUAGAACCAUCCGUAGCCAGCGCAGCAAAAAAACGAACGGUUUCAACGUAUGUUGACGAUAACGAAGCGCCAAGAGCCAUGAUACCAUCAUCAAUUCGAUAUCAUAAAGCGGUCGGCACUUUUGUCUACCAUAAAUCGGGUAGCGGCACCGCCCUACCAGAAUCUCCGGUCGGCCAGGUCGGCAACAGAUGGAGGGUUAAUAUUGGAUUCCUGAACACAAUAGCACAACAGUAUAUCCCAAUCUUAGUACUCAUCAACGUCCACCGAGCGGCGCCUCCACUCGCGGUCAAUGACGCGCGUCUUCUGCUAUCUACGCAUUAUCCGGCAUGA